UUUGGGAACAAUUUUUGCCGUUUCAGAUUGUCUUUCGUCCUGGCUAGAGUCCCCCACCACCACCAUCACUCCAUCAGCACCACCACAUACUGACCCCACCAUUUUCCACUCUCUCCCAACACAAAGCACAAACACACUCAUCAAAUCACCAUCAUCAUCAUCAACAACAAAAUUUCUUCUCUUUCUCUUUCCCCUUCCCUCUUUACAUUCACUUAACCCAGAAAACACUACCCUUUCUCCGUUUCCCCCUCUUCACCCUCUAAAUUAGUAACCAUUUUCUUUAGCUUCCCUUCCGAUCCAAAACACUCAAAUCAAUCGUCACCGUCCGAUUCCUUUCACCACAGAAAUAUCAACCGUCCCCGCCAUGUCCAAACACAUCCAAUUCUCACUCCUCACACUUCAACCCUCUUCUAACACACUCACCCUGACACCAUAGUCUUUUCUUUCUGACUUCUCUUUUUUUUAAGAAAAAUAAAUAAUAAAAAAGUUCUCCAAUUUUUGGAGACUCUGAACCGAUCUCGAUGGAGGACAGGAGCGUGAGGAGGACGCGCCAGGUGGACGUGGUGAUGGACUGCGUGAUUCCGUACAUCGAUGACCCGAAAGACCGCGACGCCGUGUCUCAGGUGUGUCGGCGGUGGUACGAGCUCGAUUCCAUGACACGUAAGCACGUCACCAUCGCGCUAUGCUACACAACCACGCCGGACCGCCUCAGGCGGCGGUUCCCUCACCUGGAGUCUCUGAAGCUGAAGGGGAAGCCUAGGGCGGCGAUGUUCAACCUCAUACCGGAGGAUUGGGGCGGUCACGUGACGCCUUGGGUGACGGAGAUCUCGCAGCACUUUGGAUGCCUCAGGAGCCUCCAUUUCCGGCGCAUGAUUGUUAAGGACUCCGAUCUUGAGGUUCUUGCUAAGUCACGUGGUCACGUGCUUCAAGCUCUGAAGCUUGAUAAGUGUUCUGGUUUCUCCACAGAUGGCCUUUUCUUUGUUGGCAGGUUUUGCAGGAAUUUAAGAGUCUUGUUUUUGGAGGAAAGCACAAUUGUUGAGAAAGAUGGUGAAUGGUUGCAUGAGCUUGCUUCAAAUAAUACGGUUCUUGAGUCACUCAAUUUUUACUUGACGGAAAUUGCGGCUGUAGGAAUUCAGGACCUUGAACUUAUAGCCAAAAAUUGCCCCAACUUAGUCUCCGUGAAAGUUACUGAUUCCGAAAUCUUGGAUCUUGUGAACUUCUUUCGCUAUGCUACUUCUCUAGAAGAAUUUUGUGGAGGUGCCUAUACUGAGGAACCAGAUAGGUACAAUGCUGUAACAUUACCAGCCAGGUUAUGCCGAUUGGGUUUGACAAAUAUUGAAAGCAAUGAGUUGCCAAUGGUGUUUGUUUAUGCAUCCAUACUAAAAAAGUUGGACCUCAUGUAUGCAAUGCUGGAUACAGAGGAUCAUUGCAAGUUAAUUGAAAAGUGCCCCAAUUUGGAAGUCCUCGAGUCAAGAAAUGUAAUUGGAGAUAGAGGAUUGGAGGUUCUUGCUCGCUGUUGUACAAAGUUAAAAAGGCUUAGGAUUGAUAGAGGUGAUGAUGAUCAAGGAAUGGAAGAUGAAGAUGGUGUUGUUUCCCAUAGAGGAUUAACUGCUUUGGCACAGGGAUGUCCAAAACUCGAAUAUUUGGCUGUUUAUGUAUCUGACAUCACAAAUGCAUGUUUGGAACAGAUUGGAACUCACUUGAGAAACCUUUGUGAUUUUCGCCUUGUCCUGCUUGAUCAUGAAGCAGAAAUAACCGAUUUGCCACUUGACAAUGGAGUAAGGACUUUACUUAUGGGUUGUGACAAGCUUAGAAGAUUUGCUCUUUAUCUCCGACCCGGGGGCUUGACUGACCAGGGUCUUGGCUACAUUGGGCAAUACAGCCAAAAUGUAAGAUGGAUGCUACUUGGCUAUGUUGGACAGUCCGAUGCAGGGCUUUUGGAAUUCUCUAAGGGCUGUCCGAAUCUCCAGAAACUCGAAAUGAGAGGCUGUUCCUUUUUUAGUGAGCGUGCACUAGCCAUUGCUGCAAUGCGCCUGGCUUCUCUUAGGUACUUGUGGGUGCAAGGCUAUGGUGCCUCUCCUUCUGGACGCGAUCUUUUGGCUAUGGCUCGCCCCUUUUGGAAUAUCGAGUUGAUUCCUUCUAGACACGUGGCGGUAAAUAAUAAUCCGGAAAUGCCAGUAAUCAUUGAGCAUCCGGCUCACAUUCUUGCAUAUUACUCUCUUGCGGGGCAAAGAGAUGAUUUUCCGGAUAGCGUUGUACCUUUGGAAUCCACGAUUGCUUUGCUGAUGGCAUAGGACAGGGAAACAAAGUGAUAUGAUGAAAUCAAUGCAGAAAGAAAAACAAGUCAAAGUAGUAAUAAGUGUAUUUGGCAUGCAGUUCUUGAAUGUUUUGCUUGGGCUGACAUGCAGCGCUAAAGCUCCUGGAAACUUUUCUCAACAAGCAGGCGACGCGCUGAAUAACAAACAUUAAUAUUAAUGAAUGAACGAAACGAGCGAUGUGCAACACAAACCAAAAAUUUUUUAGAUAUAUUUUUCUUUUUGGUACUAAGGGGUAGGAGAGAUUAAAUUAGGGUUCAUGAUCAACAAAGUAAUUUUUGAG